CCUUACCUUAACGGAACUUCUCCUUAUCGCAUUGCGGCACGAGCAUCGUGAACACCCAUCGUCAACGAACAAGUGAGCGGAGAAAAUGUUCAGGAGCCACUGGAAUCCUUUUGCCGGCUGAUCUUAGGAAUGUUGAAUAUUCCUGAACAAGACAUAGAAAGUUUCUUAGAACGCGAGGUAUUCUCCUCUCGUAUACAUAGUAACUUUUUGUAAUCUAAAAAUCGGUGACGGAAAAGAACACUUAGAGCGGAGAAAUAAAUACAUUAACUUUCAAAUCACUAUGUUAAAAGAUAUGUUGAUUUGGACUAGCCAGCUUAGACUAAUGACUGUUGGGGUGAUUUGCGUGGUUUUCCAGUUUCUGGAGCAAAUUGAGUGUGGCCCUGAGGAACGGUCAACAGAGGGCAGUUUAGUAUGGCAAUUAGAAACUGAAAGAUGGAGAAGAAUGACAACAAGUGGGGACCUGAAAACAAGUGUAGGUGAUGCCUACCAUCCUCACUUUUAUGAAAAAGGAGCGUUAAAGAACGUGACGGCUCAGUUAGGCCAAACUGUUUAUCUUCACUGUGUUGUGCGAAAUCUCGGCGAUAGAACGGUGUCUUGGAUCAGGAGACGGGACUUUCACGUAUUAACCGUUGGAGAAACAACAUAUACAGCAGAGGAAAGAUUUGAAGCCGUUCACAUGUCUCAUGGUGAUGAUUGGGUUUUGAAGAUUAGACUAGCCGAACUCGCUGAUCAAGGAGACUAUGAGUGCCAGGUUAACACGCAUCCCCUAAUGAGCUACUUCGUCCAUUUAACUGUCCUUGUGCCGGAGGCCGGUAUACUUGGAGAACGGGACCUACUUGUAAGCAGUGGAAGCUACAUCAAUCUGACGUGUAUAAUCAGACAGAGCCCCUCGCCGCCAGUGUUUGUAUUCUGGUAUCAUAACGACCGCAUGAUUAAUUACGACUCGUCUCGUGGGAAGAUCACGCUACAAAAGGCAAGUGAAGAUACCGCCAUGAGCACCCUCUAUAUUAAGAAUGCCAAAGCCUCGGACUCGGGAAACUACACUUGCGGUCCCUCGAACGCAGGUGCCACAAGCGUUCUUGUACAUGUGGUCAAUGGCCAAAAACCAGCAGCCAUGCAGCACGAUGCUGACUCCACAUCUGCAACUGAUAACUUCACUAGGAGCACGCAGUUCUUCAUCUCUCUCGCCUGUACUUUAUUUGUUAUUCAGUGGUCGUCUUGACCUCGACACUUGAAUGUCGCCACCUUUCACAGUGCCUGUUCCGUCCAGAGAAAAAUGUGUUGAAGUAAGUCUAAAACUUGCGUAAAUAUAUAUAUACGUUCUCUGUCAUAAUUCAUUCUGGCAUCUGGAAGUCCCAAGCUGUUGUUCCAGUGACUGUGACUGUACAGUAGAUGAUAAUUAUUGACAGCCUGGUUGGUCAAAGAAAUAUUAUUCUCUGAAGCAUAGGUCUUAAGGUGUGAGGCUUGGGAUCGUACGACUCACGUGUCCAUCUAAUUCUGUCACUCCGUGGUGCUUUCAAGUGUACUAUUUUGUCAAGACAAUGAACGAAGAAUGAAUAAAAAGUGGAUGUUGAAAUAUUUGGUGUGUUAAGUGAAACAUGUCAAGAUUAGAUCUAGACCAACUUAAGCAUGUUAAGACAUUCAUCUUCAUCUAAAAAUAGCAGUUUCAUGGUGAUCCCAUUUAAAAACUUUUAAAACCUAACACUAACUUUGGUCGUUAUCUAGUUUAUCACAGAUUUCGAUCUAACUAUUACUAGAUUAUAUGUCGUGUGUCAACUUUAUCUGUACUGAAAUUUAACGAUCCUUCUGGUUUCACUUUUAUCAUUAUUCUCAA